AUGGCUGAACUGCAUACAAAACAGCUUCAGUUGAAGCGCGUGAUCGAUCGCACGAUCGACUAUAUAAAGAAAAUCGGCAAGAACAAUUUGACGGCCGGAAAGGUCCGCUCAAGGCUGACAAUCCUUAAGGACACUUGGUCGCAAUUCUUGGACGGGCACGCUCUCCUAACCAAGGCCAUGCCGGAAGCAUCCCGAGGGACGAUCGACUACUUCCGCGACCAUUACUGCGACGGUACCGAGGAAGUGUUCGAGGCUGCGCACGAUUUUCUAACCGAGUGCUUGGAGGAACUGGAGCCACCUGUGAUUCUUCUCAGUCUUGCGCUACUCGCUCGAUAUGAGAACAAACGGCGGCUGAUCACAAAACAUUUAUCCGCGUUGCUCAAUCUCAAAACGAUUUCUCGUGAGUCUGUAUCCGAUUUGCAAGCACUUCAUGAUGACGUGAACAUCGCGGUAGCUUCUUUGCAUACUUUACAUCGCUCUCCGGCAGACCUCUGGAAUGAUAUUCUCGUACAUAUUGUCAAUAACAAAUUGGAUCCGGUAACCAGGAAGGCCUGGAAUGUUCGAAUGAGUGAGAGCAGUGAUCCGCCGACGUUUGAGGCCCUCAACUUAUUUCUUGCCAGUCGCGCGCGUGCUCUCGAGGACUUCGCCGCCAACUCGUCGAACGUUGCGGCGGUGAAGUCUUCUCCUGCGUCGCGAGUUCACGUUGCUGCUGCAUCCACGCAUGCAUUCGGCGGAUGCCCGAUAUGUAAGGGGCGCCAUUAUUUCAGUGCUUGUCCGACAUUUGUGCGCGGGAAUGUUUUCCGGCGACGUGACCUCGUGAAGCGGUAUCAGCGAUGUUAUAACUGUCUGAGUCCGAAUCACGCGGUAAACGAGUGCAGUAGUAAGCAUUCCUAUCGGGUUUGUCUGCAAAGGCAUCAUAGCAUGCUUCACGCUGGUGCGGAUUCGGGUGGAGAUCGACUAGUAGUGGAGCCGAAUCCAGGACUGUCAUCUCAGGCGGUCGAAGCACCAUGCGAAGUGCAAUCCUUGCACGCUUCUUCUAUUGUUCAGUCUUUUAAGCAAGUACUGUUGGCGACAGCCUGGGUAAGGGUCAUCGGAUUGAGCGGUCGAACGGUUGUCAUUCAAGCUCUCCUGGAUCAGAGCUCACAAAUGACCUUCGUAUCCGAGAAAUUGGCGCAAUUAUUGCAUGCGAAACGACGGCGCAUUUCCGUACAGGUGUCGGCCGUCGGCGGAGUUUGUGCGGCCACAGUUCGUUAUGCCACGGAUAUCUCUGUUUCGCCGCGUGACUCGAUGUCUCCCUCGUAUAACACAAGCGCCGCUAUAUUAGAGAGGCUUACGCGUUACGCGCCGAAACACGUUGAAUCUCUUUCGGGUUAUCCACAUCUGGUUGAUUUACCAUGGGCAGAUCCAAAUCCCAUUAGUUCCGAUCCUAUUAACCUCAUCAUCGGCUGUGAUCUUUACAACGUCGUUACUCUCGCUGAACGUCGUGAAGGCCGUUUCGGCGAACCCACCGCGCAGAAUUCGAUUUUCGGAUGGUUCCUAUCGGGUCCUAUAGCUGCACCGGCGCAGCACGUUUUGUCGUCGGACGGUGCAGUUGAGGCGACAGAUGCAUUCAGUGUGUCCGUGCAUCACUGUUGCGACAUGUCCAUUCUCGCUAAAGAAAUUCAACAAUUUUGGGAACUUCCUAAACACUCGGUUCUUAGCAUCGAGGACAUCCAGUGCGAAGAUCAUUUCCGAUCCACGCACUCUCGCACAAUCGAGGGCCGAUAUGUCGUUCGUCUCCCGUUCAAAACGAGCCCUCCGCUCGCCAUGGGAGAUACAAGAGUCAAGGCGGCACGCCAGCUGGACUCGCUGACGCGUCGCUUGCAGGCUCACCCCACGCAAUUUGCCGAAUAUUCUGCGUUUUUAGCGGAAUACGAGCAUCUUGGCCUUGCGUCGAGCGCCGGUCACUGCUGCGAGCAUCUCACGCGCUGUUUACAUACCGCAUCAUCCUGUUUACCGCUCAGACAGUAA